AUGGACGAUCUGUUGCAGACGCUGGGCCUCAGCAGAAACAACGCUCCUGAGGACAACGCCGUGUGUUUUGCGCUCUACCCCGCGAACUGCGCUGGAGCCACAGAGGAGGACCUUGAUGCAUUGCGCAUCGACUGCAUGGCGGCCGUGUUGCCCCACAUAGAGCGCUACGUCUGGCAGCGGGACGCGUUCACGCUCACCUCGAGCCUGCGCAGCCCGCCUCCAUGGGAGCGCCCUCGCCCGCCCGGCCGCCGAGCCGCCGAGCGACAGCAGCAGCAGGAGCAGCACGAACAGCAGCAGCCGCCCGCCCCGAAGCGCGGCCCUCCGUGCCUGUGGGGCGCGGUCGCUUUCGGUGACAGCGUGGAUGACGAGUGGUUUGUGGCCUGGCUGGCCCUUGAGCUGACGAGGCGCUUUGAGGGGCUGGCGGCACGGGUGUGGGACGAUGACGGCGAAUUCCUGCUGAUUGAGGCCGCCUACUCCCUCCCCCGGUGGCUCAAGCCCGAGGUCGGCGCCGGCCGCGCGUGGCUGCUGGGCGGCCGCCUGCACGUCGUGCCGCUGCCCAGCGCCCGCCACCCCACGCUGCCGGCGAGCCCCUCGACGGCCGAGGCGCUGGCGAUUGUGCGGUCCGAGGUGGUGGACACCCUCGCGCCAAGGAUCGAGGCGCCCGUGCUGCAGCGGCUGUCUGGCUACCCCGCAGCCGCGCGCGCCAACACGCACACCGCGCGCGCGCUGCUGCCGCGCCGCGCGGCGGCGGUGCUCAAAGGGGAGCCGCAGCUGAUCGGGCCGGCGGUGGAGGCCUUCUACUGCAGACUGCCAGGCGCCCCUCUGGGUUAA